CAACUCAUGCCAGAAAGUAUAUGCCCCAGCCCUCUUUCAGAACGGGAGUAGUUUUUAGCACUACCCAACAAAUCCGGCUAGCUGAUAUGGUGAAAAAGAGACUGAUCGGCCAUUCAUAAAAAAAAUUGCCGAACACCGCACACUGCGCGACAGUGCAUUCAGGUUUGAUUGAGUCGCUUAGUGGGCGGCAGCCUUAACUCUCAUAGGUGCGUGUAUAUAUGGUGACAUUGUUGUAAAUCAACAACGUCACAAGUGGAUGUUAGUCACCUGAGGUGUCCGGAGUUGCUGUGCAGAAACAAUUAGAACAGGCAGACUCUGCCUCACCUAUCCAAGAGCGAUUCACAGGCCAGUGCGCUCACCCCAGGGAGACCCAGCCAAGAGGACACCACCAAGGCCGAUGGUCACAGGGUCAUCUGUCAUCCUCACCGGUCCCCAACAAGGACACAGGGACCCCACCAGUGCCCCCCUAGGCAAAUACCAUCCCCACUGAGCGCCCAGCAUGCUGAAACACCGCUAGUCCCCCACCCACCCCUAGGAGCGCAAGAAGCCCCACACGACUGUUCUCAGGACCCCUAAAACACACCAGGAUAGACUCCAAAAAAGCCUCCAAAAAGUGGUUCCUUUGUCAGAAGAAUAAUACACACCCUGGGCAAUACAGGAGUUCAUCAGUCCUGUCUAUUUUUCUGUCAGCGGCUCUUUGACUUCCUCAUUUGUCUGAGUGUUGCUUCCUCUUUCGUUUACUGUUUUUCAGAGUGAAGCUUCAAAAAGAGUUUGGUAACGGUUAACAUAGACAAAAGAAUUCUCGCAUAACGGACUUUAAAAACGGAGCAACAUAUUCCUGACAAAUUAGAUUGUAUUCAUCAUAGAGUCAGUGUGUUUGGGGUUGGUGAGACUUGCACAAGAUGGCACCUGUGUAUUCAUUCAUGGAUGUUUAACAAAACUGCUUUUUGCAGUUGUGGCAAUAUCUGUCGAUGAGUGUAGUUUACAUGCUGUGUGCUUGAGUUUGUACGUGCGCCUGUGUGUGUGAAAUGUCUGGAGACACCAGCACCCUGUCUUGGAGGAGCAUGUCUCCCACCGGCCCAUCGAAGACCCCAGGCAUGUCUCCCACAUCAACUAUUGGCAGGAACAGCAUCUUCCCAGUGAAGAUUAUCAAAGUGUGUUUCCUAAGCAACGGUUUCAACCUCGGCAAGAACUUCAAACUGGUCCGCUGUGACGAAGGAAUGACAGUCAGGGAUGUCAUCAGCAUUGUCCUGUCCGGUGGCUGCAUGGGCCCAGGCAUAAAACACACCCUUUGUUACGGUCUGCUCCUCAAACACCUCAAGUCAUCUGAGAUACACUGGCUGCACCCAGACCUGACCAUGACUGAACUCACCCAGCAAUAUGUGCAGCAGCACCUGGAGGCUGAGUGGAGAUAUGACCUGAGGAUCAGAUACAUUCCAUCAGACUUCUUGGAAAAAUUCCAAGAGGACAGAACCACCAUGCUCUACUUUUACCAGCAGGUACGCAGUGACUAUAUGCAGCAGUUUGCCUCUAAAGUCAGUGAUGGAAUGGCUCUGCAGCUUGGCUGCUUGGAGAUUAGGAGAUUCUACAAAGACAUGAAUCCAAAUGGACUGGAGAAAAAGUCCAACUUUGAGCUGUUGGAGAAGGAUGUUGGGCUGGACCUGUUCUUUCCAAAAGAGUUGAUCAACAGCAUGAAGUCGAAGCAGCUGCGUCGCAUGGUCCGGCAGACGUUUCAAGGCUACGGCACGCUGAACCAGGAGCAGUGCAUGGCCAAGUUCUUCAGCACUCUGGCUCAGUGUUACAGCUAUACACAGGAGAGAUUUGCCUGCCAGCUUGUGCACGGUUGGCGUGUAACCAUAGACCUGGUCAUCGGAGCUGAAGGUAUCAGUCAACAAACUGACAACUCAACACCUGUCUGCCUGGCCACAUUCUCUCAGGUCAGCAGUAUCUUGUGCUCUGCAGAGAGCCACGGUCGAGCUUUGCUCACCGUAUACAUAGAGGGAACCAAGCAGCCUCUUUCAGUGAGUACGGCGUCUAUGGCUGUAGCAGAAAACAUGGCUAACCUAAUUGACGGCUUCUGUCAGCUGGAAUGCUGCACUCAGGGCUCGCUUAUUAGCAGGCCAAGCAAAGUGAGACUGAAACUGCCUGACAUUCCUAAACACAAUGAUUCCACUGGACCCAACAGAGUUUCAGACAUUUAUGCUGAGAUUGCUGAAAACACAAUGGACCCAUGUGAAAAACAUAAGAUCUCCCAAGAUGCGAUAAUUCUAGGUCACAUCCUGGGUGAGGGCUUUUUUGGAGAGGUUCAUGAUGGUGUGUAUAAAGGCCAGACAGGCGAGACGAUCCGGGUGGCCAUCAAAAUCUGCAAGGACUGCUCAGCAGCCGUGAAGGAAAAGUUUCUUAGUGAAGCUUCCUUGAUGAAAAAUCUGGACCACCCCCACAUUGUGCGCCUGAUUGGAGUCAUUGCUGCUGAUCCAGUCUGUAUUGUUAUGGAACUCUAUGAACAUGGAGAGCUGGGGAAAUAUCUGGUGGAGCGGAAAUAUGUCCUGACAACAGCAACUUUAAUCCUGUACUGUCUACAAAUCUGCAAAGCCUUAGCUUACCUAGAGGGCCUCAACAUGGUGCACAGAGAUAUAGCGGUGAGAAACAUCCUUGUGGCAUCUCCUGACUGUGUCAAGCUUGGUGACUUUGGUCUCUCUCGCUACAUAGAUGACCAGGAGUACUACAAAGCAUCUGUUUCACGAUUGCCAAUCAAAUGGAUGGCACCAGAAUCCAUCAACUUCCGACGGUUCACCGUUGCCAGUGAUGUCUGGAUGUUUGGUGUGUGUGUGUGGGAAAUCUUCUCCAUGGGCCGGCAACCAUUUCUCUGGCUCGAAAACGGACAGGUGAUCACUCAGCUGGAGUCUGGUGUCCGACUCCCCAAGCCACUGUUGUGCCCGCCCGCCGUCUACUCUCUGCUGACCAGCUGCUGGGCCUACGAGCCGUACAGUCGUCCCAGCUUCAGCCAGCUUGUCUGUUCCCUGAGGGACAUUCUCAAAAUUGAGGAGGCGGAUACGACACACUGCAUCUCAUCUAUCUCGCCACUGGACCCUGACCACACUGAGCCUCCCCCAAAGCCUUCCAGAGUCGGCAUCACUUCCCCUCAUGUCUCACACAUGCAGGGAACAGCCUGGCAUGUGCCAGUUUGGGAGAAUGAGCAAGUUGAUGACACUCUACAAAGGCAAAGAAGAGAGAUGGAGAUGGAUAGACAGUGGCUAGAGCAGGAGGAGCAACAACUGGAUCCUGCCGUGCGACAAGCGUCAAACACCAAGCUUGUGGAAAAAAAUCCAGCUGAUAAUCCUCCACCAACAUCCUCAGCACCUUCUGACGUCACAUGGUCUCGUCCUACAGCCGAAUUGGACCGAUCAGAUGAUCAGGUUUACUCCAGCGUCAUGGCGAUAGUCAGACAGGUGGUACAGCUGAAGAAUGAGGUCAACAUGCUGCCCGCCUCGGCGUAUCCCAACGCUGUCAAAGCAGUUGGGAUCUCUCUGCGAAGCUUGAUUCAACACGUUGAUGAUGUCAUGCCUUCCCUGCACAGCUCAGUUACAAGCGAGAUCGUAGGAACGAAGAAGCUGCUGAACAAGGACUUGGGGGAGCUAGUCAAUAAGAUGAGACUGGCCCAGCAGAACUCGGUGACAACUCUGAAGGAGGAUUGCCAACGACAGAUGCUUGCUGCUGCACACACCCUGGCACUGAACUCCAAGAACCUGCUGGAUGCAGUGGAUCAGGCCCGGGUCAGGGCCAACCUGGCCAUGCCGAUGCAGGAUGAGGACAGCUCGGGGGAUUGAGGGGUUUCGGUUAUUUGUUCCAGUGUACAAUGUGUAGUACAUACACAAAAAACAGAACUAUGGGAUGGAGAAAUAAAUAUUUGUCUGAACUGAA